CACGGGGACAGAGGGAGGUAACGUGGAGUUGAAGCCAAGAAAAGAGACAAAAAGAGUGAGUGUAAAGGCAUGGCAGUGUAAGCUUGGGAUAUACUUAUAAAUGUUAUACGCAAUGGCGAUACGUAGAGAGGCAUGUAUGAUGAACAAUGGUCAAACAAAUACUGCAAACCAAUAGUCAACUCACAAAAACGACACACUGAAUCGGAAUUGAAGUAAAACAGCAUGGUGUGGUAAUGAUGCAGUGGUCAUCCGAGUGGGCGGAGCAGCACUACGAUGUCUCCUCAACCACAUCACCACCAGUUCACCCCAAGCCCCUCCCAUUUCCACAGCCUAGUCGUCCUGGGUUCUCGGGGUACACCGACGAUAUCAGCGCCCUGAGUGCUUCUAGCUUGCUGAAGCGAUACGCUGAGAGGUAUUCCUUCAGUUCGGCCCUACCAGAGCAUGGAAGUUUCCUGAGAAGUGAGCAGCAUCAGGAGGCGUGGCCUGUGGGAUACGGUGCAGAGGGUCCACCUGGUUUAGAUGCAUUAAAGGGGAAUGGAAGUGAUCUUACAGAACAACAGUACAGCGGUGGCCCGUCACCCCAGGAUUACCCUUCAUCUUACAGUAGCCAACACCUGCUCCCCAAACCAUCGUAUCUCCCAUCACCAGCAUUUGCCUUGCCAUCUGCCUACCUGCCACCCGCACCGGCCUAUGCUUAUCCCCAGCAGUGCAGCCUUACGGCCGGUUAUUCCCACGGUACGCCGCCUUUGCUGCCCUCCGGACUGCACACACCUACGCCUCUGAACCCCACCCUCCACAGUCCUUCGGAUCCUCUGCGCAACCGGAAGUUCGGAUUCGACCAAUCCAAAACCGCCAGAGUGUCUCCUUACACGAUCAGAGACAAGAGUGAUCGGCAGACCGCUGACGGAAACGAAAGCUGCGGGACGGACGCCCAGAGCUACCGUCCGGAAAGACUGUCUGCCGAUAUUGAGGGGAAGAGUAGUAAUGUCCAGCCUUUAGAGACAAGGUCUUAUGGAGGCCCAGGACAGUUCACAUAUCCUUAAAUCUACUUAAAGGAAAACCACCGUUUUUCAAUAUUUUACUAUGUUCUUACCUCAACUUAGAUUAAUUAAUACAUACCUAUCUUUUUUCAAUGCGUGCACUUUGUACAGCGCUUCUUGAAUGUGUUAGCAUUUAGCCUAGCCCAAUUUAUUCCUAUGGCUCCAACAAACGUUUUAUUUUGUGCCACCAUACUUACUCGUGUAAAUACUCGUGUAACAGUCUUUAAAUAUGGAAAACAUGGAAGUGUUUGGUGGCUUCUUAAUUCAUCCCUGUUUGGAUCCUAAGGAAUGAAUGGGGUUAGGCUAAAUGUUAACACAUUCAUGAGGCGCAGUACAAAGAUUAAGUGCACGCAUUAAAUAAAGAUAGGUAUGGAUUCAUUAGUCUAAGUUGAGGUAAGAACAUAGUAAAAUAUUGAAAAACGGUGGUUAAAGCGAUGCUCAAGGCAAAUAUCAAAAUUGCCCCAUGAUGUACUCACUCUCAAGCAAUGCGAAAUACGUAUGUCCAUCAUCUUUCAUACAAGCAAAUUUGGAGUUAUUUUGGGAAAUAUCCUUGCUUUUCCAAGUUUAUAAAGGAAGAAAACUGGGAUUAGGAUCAACUUCUGACUUUGGCCCUGUUUACACGUACAUGGUUAUUUAAAAAAACUGAGAGAUUUACCUUCGUUUGUGCCCCUCGUUUACACGCAAACUGAGAACUCGCCUCUAAAACCAAUUAUUUCUAAAAACUCCGGCCGAGUGGAGUGGAGAUCUUGAAAAUCUUCGGUUGCACAGUUGCUUGUAUGCGCCAGAGCUCGCACCUACGUCAAAAGUGCGACCUAUGUUUACAUGUGACUGCUCCUGUGAACGCUUCCAAGAUCACAUUUAUGUUCAUGCAAACUCGUUUCGUGUGUUUGUAUUUGCAAAUACAGCUGCUCCAUAAUGUCGAGGAGCAGAGACGAGUGCUCGGAGGUCAGCAAUUUUACGCGCGUUCGACUUCAUGCGGCGCUGCAAAAACCGACAGACGGAUGAUAUCAACGUACCGCGAGACCGAGUUGAGAAAUCACACGUAGAGGUCUAAUUUCGAAUUGCUCUCGCGGUACUAUGACGUCAUCGAACACCUACUGCAACAACUCCUCCCUCCAACACGAAGAACCGGUCCGCGUCACCACCAGCGCUGCCGGUGAUUGGCUUAUGUGGGCUUGAGCUUCUCUUGACGGCAUAUAUGCACGGGUACGUGUAAAUGAACACUUCUGAAAACUGACACGUGUGCACGAUAUUAUUUUUGAAACCGGAGAGGUUGAAAUGUCUGUUUAUGAAAAUAGCCGCCCACGUGUAAACAUAGCCUUUGAAGCCCAAAAAAGUGCAUUCAUCCUUCACAGAAGUAAUCCACACGGCACUAAUGGGUUUAUAAAAGUCUUUUGUGGGUAAUCAAUGCAAUAUUGUAAGAGAAAUAUUAAUAUUUUAAACUUUAUAAACUGUAAUAACUAGCUUCUGGUAGCAACGCCAUCUUGGACUCACGCAAUUCACGAGAGGCACUGCGCAACGUAUACCCCAAGGCAAGCAACGCUCGCCACGCUAAAACUCUUGCGUGAACCACGUGACUUCAAGAUGGCGCCGUUACCGGAAGCUAGUUAUUAUAGUUUAUAAAGUUUGAAAUCGGAAUAUUUUCCUUACAAAAUCGCAUUGAUUAGCCCCAAAAGACCUUUAUUAACCCAUUGUAGCCACAUGGACUACCUGGGUGAAGGACUUUUUGGGGGUUUAAAAUCAGAAGUUGUUCUCUGAUCCCUGAUUUCUACCAUUAUACGCUCGCCUGAAAGAUGAUGGACAUAUGUAUCCUGGAUUGCCUGAGGGUGAGUAAGUCAUGGGGUAUAUUUGAUAUUUGGCAGGAGUUUCCAAUGAAUUAUCUCCGUGUUUGAGCUGUCUCAACUGAAAAUAACUUGCACUGACAUAUCUUAAAAUAUGCCAAUGCUAUUGAUAUGUCUCAAGGUGCACACCUGUGAUGUCUUUUUCUAUAGCAUGUUUAUAAAAGAUGCUUAACUCCUAAAGCCUUGUCCUGGCUUUAGCUAAGCCUUGUCUGUGAAACCAGGCCUAGAUGUUUUAGUAUCACAUAUAACAAUACUUCAACAUAGGGCUGGGCGGUAUAUCAAGUUUGGUAAUAUAUCUGUAUUAUUUCCCGGUGGGAUACGGGAUGAGACAAUACCAUCGGUAUAGUAACCUGUUUACUAACCUGACAAAUUUGAAUCUGAGUUUUAACACAGACACUCUUUUGUAUCAUAUUUUGACAUUGUUGCAUUCCUUAUGACCUUAAAUCAGGCUUUCUUUUUUAUUUCAUCCCUUACUCUAUAAUUAUGCUGUGCAGUGAAGCACAUUAUGGUGACAAGCGCUAAUCCACCACUUCAAUCAAUGAAAUCCAAACCAAAGACUGAAAGGGUGGAAUGGAAAACGAAGAUGAAAGAGAAAUAAGGUUUUCUACUUUGUAUCAAGAAAAUAUUUUGGCUUUUUGUGGGGUUCUCUUAAAAAAAGACAACAUUACUGAAUGAUCAGUAUUUUAAUACUACACGUGAAUGUUUUAUAGUAUGAGUGUGAUAUAAGGUUUAACAUGUAUUAUUAGUCAGUGUGUCGGUUGUGAUUGUCAGUGUUUUUCAAAAUGAUUAUUGAUUAUAAAGACUCGUUUUAGGAAUAAGAGCUAAGAUUACUCUGUACCCUUUGAAUGUAAAUCAGAUUUUCCUCAGGAAUUGUGAAUGAAGCCAUACUUUUAUAUUAUACAGAUAUUUGAGUUUGACAGAAGUUUAUUGUGUAUUUAGCUUAGAUUCUUUACGUUCUCUAAAUGUGACAUUGGAAAAUGUACGUUCUUAUAAAGUCCUUAAUGUCAUACACUAUAUUCGUAAAUCUCAGCCAGUAAACAUUAAUAACAAAUAAAAUGCUUUUUUACCGUACACAUAUCCAGCAACUUUAACAGUGCAAAGGCUAAAAUAUGUGUUUUACUGUUCCCCUAUUGUGAAUUUUACUGUGGAAACCCUCUGAGCUGUCCCAGCCCCCUAAAGCUGAUCACUGGAUGUGCUUGCCUUUAACCCUUUGACCUCCACCCAUUCUGUUUUAAAGGAGGUAUGUGAAAGAAUAAAGAUCUUUUGUUUUGGUGAGGUAAGCAGGGCAUACACUGAAAUGUACAAACUAAACAUUAAAUGACAGUUCGGUUAAUAUUAAAAUGUAAACUGGUUUGUUUUUAACACUUACGAAUGCAAUAUAUUGUAGUAGGGGGCAAUGUAAAAAAGUAUUAAAAAUGAUCUACCUCAAUUUUACGAUGCUGUGCAUUCAGAGUAUGCAAUUGUGUGUUACAUGCCUAAAUGUCUACCUCAAGAAAAAUACAUGCAAUAAAAAUGUUAUACCAAUGCAAAAUUUGGUUUUGUU